CACAUUCCUCCAUCAGAAUUACAAAGCUACCAACUCACUCUCCCUCCUCUGUCUUGGAGCAUUUCAGUUGUGCAAUCAUUUCCUGCUUUCUCACCCAUUAAUCGAUCACCAUGCAUGUGAAGAAGAAUAAUGCGAUGAUGGUGCUGCAGCCAGUACUACUUGUGAUGGUGAUGUUAGGCCUCACUGCCCCCACCCAAACCAACGCCUUGAUUCAGUUCAACCCAAUAUCCUCCUCCCUCUGGGACCACCACAUGAUCGAUGACCCUUUCAGAAUUCUCGAACAGACUCCCUUCACCAUCCCAAACCCUACCGUUCAAGAGGCGCUAGCUCUGGCACGUGCCGACUGGAAAGAGACGGCGACUGCACACGUGAUCUCAUUGGACGUCCCGGGGAUGAAGAAGGAGGGCGUGAAGAUAGAGGUGGAGGAGAACAGGGUGCUGAGGAUCAGCGGAGAGAGGAAGGCCGACGACCAGGAAGGAGAUCAGGGCGACAACUACAAGUGGCACCGUGCUGAGAGGACAAAUGGCAAGUUCUGGAGGCAGUUCAGGCUGCCUGGGAACGCCGACUUGGAUCAGAUCAAGGCUCAUCUCGAGGACGGGGUGCUCAGGAUUACGGUGCCAAAGUUUGCGGCGGAGAAGAAGAGGCAGCCCAAGCUCAUCAGCAUUGCCUCGUCUUCUUCCGCGUCUGCUGAUCAUGGGGUGGAUGUCAACCCUACAAAGGUCGCAUGAAUUCAAGACAAAAACUAAUUACAUUACGAGUAUACAAAAUGCAUGGUUGCAAAAACGGACGAGAUGUGUCGAGUUGUGUUGUGUUGUGUUGUAAUGAUGAUUUGGGAAUUUAUUGAAUAAUAUAAGUUUUUGUAAUAUGCAUGCAUGCAUGAUCUGGAUUAUAUAUGAUCUAGUAACUAACACUUUACGUUUAUGCAUGAUA